UCUCUCUCUCUCUCCUCUGAGACGGAAGAGAGCGCGUGCUUCGGCGGGAAAACACGCAACACAACAAGCGGCGCGCGCCGUCUUUGGGGGGCCAGGAAGGCGCCCGGAAUGUAGCCCUCUCCCUCCUUUUUCUUCUUCUUCUUCUUACGAGGCUGAGUUGCGCGGAGGAAGGAGGAGAGGGGGAGAAAGAGGGGCGGCCGUAACAGCUGAGCAGGAGGAGGAGGAGAAAGAAGAAGAGAGGCGGGGGCGCGGGCGGGAUAGCGGAACGGCGGCGGCGGCGGAGGGAGAGAGAAAGCGGCGGCAUGCUGCAGACGCCCCUCGCGCUCCCUCCUCACUCUCCGUCUCUCUCCAGUCUGGUGGCCUGACGCAGGCAAGCAGGCGGAGAGGAGGAGGAGGAGGAGGAGGGUGGUGGGCUUCUUCCCAGGAUGGGGGCUCCCUUCCCCUAGGAAGCGGCGAGUAGCAGCAACAGUCCAACAGGCAAAGUUGGCGCGAAGUGGGACGAGGCGGAGGGGGAGAGGUGGCUCCGUCGGCGGCGGCGGCGUUGGCGGCUCCCUUCGAGGAUGGGGACGCUGCGGGAUUUGCAGUACGCCUUGCAAGAGAAGAUCGAGGAGCUCCGCCAGCGGGACGCGCUCAUCGACGAGCUGGAGCUGGAGCUGGACCAGAAGGACGAGCUCAUCCAGCGGCUCCAGAACGAGCUGGACAAGUACCGCUCCGUGAUCCGGCCGGCCACCCAGCAGGCGCAUCAGGGGGCCGCCGGAGGAGGAGGGGGCGAGCAGCGGACCAAGCGGCAGGCCAUCUCCGCCGAGCCCACCGCCUUCGACCUCCAGGACCUCAGCCACGUCACCCUGCCCUUCUACCCCAAGAGCCCGCAGUCAAAGGAUUUAAUAAAGGAAGCUAUCCUUGACAAUGACUUCAUGAAGAAUCUAGAACUGUCUCAAAUCCAGGAGAUUGUGGAUUGUAUGUAUCCGGUGGAAUAUGGCAAGGACAGUUGCAUCAUUAAGGAGGGAGACGUGGGGUCACUGGUUUACGUCAUGGAAGAUGGAAAGGUUGAAGUGACAAAGGAAGGUGUAAAGUUGUGCACCAUGGGGCCUGGCAAGGUAUUUGGGGAACUCGCUAUCCUUUACAACUGCACCCGGACAGCCACCGUCAAAACUCUCGUAAAUGUGAAACUCUGGGCUAUUGAUCGGCAAUGUUUUCAAACAAUAAUGAUGAGGACUGGCCUCAUCAAGCAUACAGAGUAUAUGGAAUUUUUAAAAAGUGUUCCGACAUUCCAGAGCCUCCCUGAAGAGAUACUCAGUAAGCUUGCUGAUGUCCUCGAAGAGACACACUAUGAAAGCGGAGAAUAUAUUAUCAGGCAAGGUGCUCGAGGGGACACUUUCUUCAUAAUCAGCAAAGGCAAGGUAAAUGUUACUCGUGAAGAUUUGCCUGGAGAAGAUCCAAUCUUCCUUCGAACUUUAGGAAAAGGAGAUUGGUUUGGGGAAAAAGCACUCCAGGGGGAAGAUGUCAGGACGGCCAAUGUUAUUGCAGCUGAGGCUGUUAUGUGUCUUGUCAUUGACAGAGACUCCUUCAAACAUUUGAUCGGAGGCCUGGAUGAUGUUUCCAAUAAAGCUUAUGAAGAUGCCGAAGCAAAAGCAAAAUAUGAAGCCGAAGCUGCCUUCUUCGCCAACCUGAAACUAUCUGACUUCAACAUCAUUGACACCCUUGGAGUUGGAGGUUUUGGAAGAGUUGAGCUGGUCCAGUUGAAGAGCGAUGAAGCAAAAACGUUUGCAAUGAAGAUACUAAAGAAACGCCACAUAGUGGACACAAGGCAGCAAGAGCACAUACGCUCAGAGAAGCAGAUAAUGCAAGGAGCUCAUUCAGAUUUUAUUGUGAGGCUAUACAGAACAUUCAAGGAUAGCAAAUAUUUAUAUAUGUUGAUGGAGGCUUGUUUAGGUGGAGAGCUUUGGACAAUUCUCAGGGACAGAGGUUCUUUUGAAGAUUCUACAACCAGAUUUUAUACAGCAUGUGUGGUAGAAGCUUUUGCCUAUUUGCAUUCCAAAGGAAUCAUUUAUAGGGACCUCAAGCCAGAAAACCUCAUCCUAGAUCACCGAGGUUAUGCCAAACUGGUUGAUUUUGGCUUUGCAAAAAAAAUAGGAUUUGGAAAGAAAACAUGGACAUUUUGUGGAACUCCAGAGUACGUCGCCCCAGAGAUCAUCCUGAACAAAGGUCACGACAUUUCAGCAGACUACUGGUCACUGGGAAUCUUAAUGUAUGAGCUCUUGACUGGCAGUCCACCUUUCUCAGGCCCAGAUCCCAUGAAAACAUAUAACAUCAUUCUAAGGGGGAUUGACAUGAUUGAAUUUCCAAAGAAGAUUGCCAAAAAUGCUGCUAAUCUAAUUAAAAAACUAUGCAGGGACAACCCAUCAGAAAGAUUAGGUAACUUGAAAAAUGGUGUCAAGGAUAUUCAAAAGCACAAGUGGUUUGAAGGCUUUAAUUGGGAAGGUUUAAGAAAAGGUACACUGACACCUCCUAUAGUACCAAGUGUUGCAUCACCAACAGAUACAAGCAAUUUUGAUAGCUUCCCUGAGGACAACGAUGAACCACCGCCUGAUGACAACUCAGGAUGGGACAUAGACUUUUAAUGUAUUUCUCUUACCUGCUUCUGCCUUGCUGAAGACAGCUUCCAGAGACAUGGCUGCCAGCAGACCUGAAGGAAUUGGGAAGGAUUAGUGCUCGGGGUCACCAUGAUGCCUUGAUUGAUGCUGCUACAGUAACUACAGUGGCAUUAGGACUUAUCGCUUAGAUGACAAUAGUGCUCUUCACAUGUUUUCUGUUUGAACUCAACAUAGCAGUUGACAUGGUGGUCCUGAAGCAAAGCCUUUUUCAUCAGUAAUGAAGUGUGUUUUCUAUCACUUUAAUGAACUUGUUAUGCUCCUGUUGUAAUUUGAAGCUGGUAGAAUGAGAUGCACAUAAUUCUAGCUGCAAGAUUGUUUUCUUUAUCUAGUGAAUUCUCUUCUGAAAUGUUCGAUACUGCAGCUGAUUCUACACUGUAGAACCUACAGUAUGGAAACUGGGGUGUCUCAAAUUGCAAAAAUAAGCAUAUUGUGCCUCUUAAAGUAGGCCAAUGUUUUAAACCAAGGAGGACCACGAAGUUGCUGGUCAAGAAGCUCAUGUCAAAGCAAUGCUAUAAGUUGUCUUUCUUUUCGAGCUGUAUUCAUGACAAGAAUGAAUGUUACCUUCUUCCAUUUUUAUAAUUUCUAAUGUGCUUUUUCUCCCUCAACUGGUAACAAAAGCACAAAUGCUACAGCAUCUGUUGAACUGUUAAAAGCAAGAAUGGGUCGGUUUAUUCUCACAUGUGUCUGAGAACAUGAUAUAUCUACCAUUUAGUUUUAUUGGUACAGCUUCAUAAGAGCAUGUAGAAAAUUAUUCAUAAAACUACUUAUUUUACACAUAUAUGCUAAUUAUAUUAUACAAUGAAAAGGAAAAUGUACUUAUCAAAAGGUCCUAGGCAGAAAAUGACAGCAGCCAACUGGUCUAAUAGGCAUUAAACACUGAGCUUAAAAUAGCAUUUACCUUUUAGAGCCCAAUGAGGGAACAGGCAAGACACACUGCAGACUAUAUAGGUGCUAUGUACAUUUUUCAUCUGCGUUGUAAACACCCACAGUCAUUUUUCAGGGAAAAAUGUAGCAAGAGAGAUGAUAGUCAACCAAAAUCUUAAAUAAUUUACACACACAAACAUAUCACAUACUUUAAUGCUCCACUGUGACAUUGUCAUUAUUUUGUUUUGCUAUUUUACAUAGAAUCAUAGAGUUGGAAGUGACCUCAUGGGACAUCCAGUCCAAUCCCCUGCCAAGAAGCAGAAAAAGCGCAUUCAAAGCACCCCCGACAGAUGGCCAUCCAGCCUCUGCUUAAAAGCCUCCAAAGAAAGAGCCUCCACCACACCCUGUGGCAGAGAGUUCCACUACUGAACAGCUCUCAUAGUUAGGAAGUUCUUCCUAAUGUUCAGUUGAAAUCUCCUUUCCUGUAGUUUGAAUUCAUUAUUCCACAUCCUAAUCUCCAUAUCCUCUCAAUCUCAUUAUUAUUUGACUACAUUCACUUGUUUAUUUCAAAGAUUUCCUAACUCAGUUCUCCUUCUGUAAUAACUUUAAAUGCAAUCAGUCAAUCUAAAAUAAGGAGUGCAAUGUAGCUGAAACAAAGAACUUCAAAACCCUAUUUCAUUUCAAAGGAGAAACUAAGCCCAUUGUUAUAUGUAUCCAAUUGAAACUUGUGGGAUUUUAGUACACUCUACUUUGGGCAUGAGUUUCUAACAGAUCAGUGGCAUAUUAAUAACAACUAAGAAUAAAUUAUAAAAAUGUAAAGCAAUGGCAACAAUCCCAGAGAAGCCUUCCAUGUCUACAUGACACCUACCAGCAAAAAGAGCCUUAUAAUUACCAGUUUUCUUAUUAUCACAAUAAAAAAUGUAAUAAUCCACACUUCAGAAAUAUCACACAAUACAGAAUGACUUAGAAAAUGAUCCCUUUCACUCAUUCAACCAAUUCGCAACUUGCUUAUUGCUCAUUUCUAAUUUCCCUUCUAUAAUUUGCCCUCCUCCAAUUAUUUUACAUGUAUGUUUUUCCUAACUUCUCCCGCUACACAACCCUUUUAUUUGCCUCUUCCAAUAUUUCGAGCUAACUUUUAAUGGCUUUCAAACUGAACUACAUGCACAUAGUAUGUAAUACUUAUUCAGGAGUAAUUCCCAUUGAACUAAACUCACAUGAAUAGAAUUGUAUUAUUAUUAUUAUUAUUAUUAUUAUUAUUAUUAUUAUUAUUAUUAUUAUUAUCAUUAAUACCCUGCCUUUCUCCCCAUAGGAACUCACGGCAACUAACAAAUAAAUGCACCCAAUAAAAAAUUAAAAUAAGAGAUAUAAUUUAAAAAAUUAAACAUAUGUGGAUACAAAAGUCAAAAUACAGUUAAAAUUAAAAAAUAUAUUAAAAUGACAUUCAACGGCCACUAUUUCCCCAAAUCCCACCCACAACCUCCCCACCAAUGUGCCCCUCAUCAUCCCCCAAAUGCAUGACAGCAGAGAUAUGUCUUGACCUGCCUGCAAAAGGCAAGCAGUGAUGAGGCCAUCCUGGUCUAUCUUGGGAGGGAGUUCACAGUCUGGGAGCAACCACUGAAAAGGCCCUCUUCUUGAAAGUAGCUGUUGAAAGUUGCCGUUGAAAUCAGUGAGGCAGAUAUUGGUAUCUUUGCUAUCUAAAUGUAGCUAUGACACAAUGCACUCCUAUACAUGCUUAUUCAAAAAUCAAUUCCAUUUUGUUCAUUUGUGUUUUCUCCACGUAAGCAUAAAUAGGACUGAUAUCUUAAUCAAAUCUAAUUUCUGAAGUAUAGCAUUUCAUAUCCUGUCUCUAGAUUAUAAAACAUGUUUCAAGCCAAGUAGCUGGAGCAGAUACUGGUAAAUAUAGAGCACAGCAGUGGCUUUAAAUUAUAUUAUUUAAGGAAUGCCUCACAACUCUAUUGUCAGUAUAGUUUUUCCUCCAAAGAGUUAUUAUAAAGUAGUUCAGUUGAAGGCGGGAGGGGGGGGG